CUGGCACACCCCGACAUCGGCACUUGGUAUACGAGGAAAUUUUGAAACCAUCGUGACCUCUCGAGCUUUCUUGGCUCUUGCGCGAAUAGGCGUUGCAACAGGCCAGACCGCCCACCUUCUAGAUUUCCACGAUUUCCCUCUGCAUAUUCAAGGGCCCAGCGGCAAUGGACGUGGCGGUGUCCAUCACAUGGCUAGCUCCCUCAUCCCACGGCAGCCAUCACACGGCGGCCAUCCCACUAUAAAGGCCUGUAACUGUGGGCCACGGCUGGACCGGAAGCCACUGAGAGGUCCACAUGUUGGGCUCUGGGGAGGGGUAUUGGCCCCUGACCAGGCCUGAGGGUCCAAAGAUUGGGGGGCCCCAGAUGUCAGGUGCCCCCACCAUAGCAAGCUACCCGACUGGGAAGCUCCAAGCAUUAUGCCAAGAAACAAGGCAGGAGGGGCAACCGUGCUCUUUCUCAAGGUGCUUGCUCAAUGUGUGACCCUGCUGAGCAUCAAAAGACAACACACCUACGUCAUCCCAGGUUGACGAUCUCCCUUCUCCACUCUUCCGUUUGCCUGACUUCCGUUUACCUGAAGAGCCUCCGGGAGCUCUGGGCGAUUCUUGCACAUUCACGUUCUUUUCUCCAGCCUUGUUGUUUCGUUUGCAUCACCACAAACAUCACAAUGUUGUUCCGCAACUCUGUCCGUGCAUCGUCGAGGGUGCUUUUGCGACCGCAAGCCGCCCGCAUGGCACCUGCAUCGGCCCUCCACACCACGCGCAUUCUCUCCAACGCUCACGACAAGAAGACGCCCUUGGCCGCCGGCUCCUUCGCACGUACGGAUGACUCCAUCACCGUUGAGUACCCUGAAGAUCAUGAGCUGCCGUCUAGUGUACCGGUCCAAGGCCGGGGCGGUCUUCACAUGAAGCGCACGCUGGCCUCAUUCUCCCUCGAGGGAAAGGUUGGUGUGGUCACUGGAGGUGCACGCGGUCUCGGUCUGGUCAUGGGCCAAGGUAUGGUCAUCUCGGGUGCUAAUCUCGCCAUUGUCGAUAUGAACAAAGAAGAGGCCGAAAAGCAAGCUGCCGAAUUAGUUGAGGUCUUCCGCAAGGAGAACCCCGGGUCUGCUCGUGUGCCCAAAGUUACGGCGCACUAUGCCGAUGUUAGUGAUGCAGACAGUGUCCAAGGUUGCAUCAGCAGCAUUAUCGCCGAGCACGGCAAGAUCGACUCGCUCGUCACCAGCGCUGGGUUCACGGAGAAUUUCGAUGCUAUUAACUAUCCGAUUGACCGUAUGCGAAAAUUGUGGAAUGUCAACGUCGAUGGAACUUACUUGUUUGCUAUCACUGUUGCAAAGCAUCUCAUGGAACGUAAGGCGCCCGGCAGUAUGGUCUUCAUUGGAAGCAUGAGCGGAAGCAUUGUCAACAUCCCGCAACCCCAGGCUCCCUACAAUGCUGCCAAGGCAGCUGUUCGCCACAUGGCUGCUUCGCUGGCUGUCGAGUGGGCCCAUGCUGGUAUCCGAGUCAACUGCAUCUCUCCUGGCUACAUGUUGACCGCCCUCACGGAGAAGAUCCUCGAUGAUAACCCGGAGCUGAAAAAGCAAUGGACUUCCCUCAUUCCCCAGGGCAAGAUGGGCCAACCGGUGGAUCUCAUGGGUCCCGUGACCUUCUUGCUCUCAGAUGCGUCGCAGUACGUCACUGGCGCAGACCUACGCGUCGACGGUGGUUACACGGUUACCUAAGUGCUUGGUCAAGAGAUUGUAGCACGCGUUUGGUUUGUUCAGGAUGGAGCUGCCGAGUACGCUUCAAAGUGGCUUGCAGUGCUGGCGAAAAGUUCUGAAAAGUUGGUUGUGAUGAUUUUCUCGAGAAUACUGGACUUGGAGUCAAGGCGGCUAUCAUGAUUGAUGAAGCAAGCAUGAGACUGAUAUUUCAAGAGGUCGGUUUAAGCUACAUGUUCCGGCCAUAGGCAACCGGCCCGGCUGGUUAUUAAACAUCCUCCCCCCCCCAAAAAAAAAAUUUCCCGCGUCGUGAUUGCGU